AUGGACUCCCAAGAACAAGGUUACCCUAGCAGGGGCAGGCAAGCCACCACCUUCCUACAGAGGGAAGGGGCCAGGACCUCAGGGCCUUCCACCCUCCCUGCUGAGCAGCAUGACAGUGAUUUUCUGAAACCUCUUGAAUGGAGGUACAAGCCUCCUCUGGCCAGGAAGAAGGCUGUCUACAACUUCAGGGUGAGGUGGCCAGCGCUAGUCCCCAGGGACCAGGAGACACAGGUAGAGGAUCUUCCCUACUUCGGGGUCUAUUCCCUUGACAGAAGGCCUCAUGGCACAAACUCUUACUCUUCAGGAGCCAGCAUCAGCCUAAAACACCAGGAGAACAGAAACAGUGAGCUCCAGGAUUCCCAGAGUUUUGCUGCCUGUUUCCCAAAAUCCCUUGCGGGGGCUCCACACACAACCAUUCUCAACAAGUUCCUGAAGCCAGAGUCUAUGACAUGGCUGGAGAAGAAGGUGAGGUGGAAGAUGCAGGUGGCCAUGAGUCAGGUGGAGAAGGAGAGGGAGGCGGUGAAGUUGCGGAGGGCGGUGCUGCUGAAAGACACGAGGGAGCUACAGGAAGCACAGGCCUGGGAGGAGGCAGCAAACAAGUCCUUCCUGGAGCGCCUGAAGAAGGCAGGGGAGGAGCGCCAGAGCAAGUACGACUCCCUCUGGAAGGACUACAUCCAGCAGUGUCAGGAGAUCGAGGACAAGAGGCGAGAGCUGCUCUCCAGCUUUACCUCUCGCACAGCCACGCUCGGGAUGCAGCUGGUGCAGGGCAGGAGGCUGGAGGCCGGCUUGAGGAGGAAGCUCAGGGCCCUGAGGCCUGUUGCACAGGUGAGGAAGAGGCAGGACAGGGAGAAAGCGGCCCUAGAGAGGGAGGAGGCCAGCGUCGUGGCCGACAUCCCCCUCAUGGACCGAGACCGACACUGGCACUUCCUGAAAGAAAGGGCCGCCUUGGAGAAGCGAGUGGAGGAGCUCAGCCUGCUGGAGUCGGGAGAGGACAUCACCAGGGAACUGAGGAGGACGGCCAAGGCCUUGGAGGCCGCGGCCAAACAGGCCCACAAGGACUUCUGCCAGGGUAUCAAUGCUGAGGGCAGGAGGCUGCAGACACAGCUCCAUCACCUGGAUGAGGAAUUCUGCCAGCUGGAGGCCAGAAGGGAGAAGCUGGAGCAGAGAAAGCAGCAGGGGAAAGAGCAGCAGUGGUACCUGGAGGCGCUGGCCCGGGGGAGGCAGCGCCUGCUGCAGCGGGAGCACGGGCGCCCCAAACCACAGGCUGCUCCUCACCCAACACAGGGCCGGCCCCUGAGUGCCAGGCCCAAAGCCAAUCCUAAGUAAUGACGCCA